AUGUCUAAGACCAAGUCCGUUACCAAGAAGGGUGCCGACAAGCCCGUCGACAAGGCCUUGAGCAAGGUCAAGGACGCUGGCGUCGCCAAGGCUUCCCAGUCUCCCAAGGCUAAGAGCAAGCAGAUCGCUCGCGAGCUCGCCUCCAAGGAGAAGUCCAAGGGCAAGAAGAAGGAGCCUACUCCUAGCAGCAGCUCCGAGUCUGACAGCGAUGAGGAGAUGGAGUCCACCAGCUCCAGCAGUGAGAGCGAAAGCGAGGAGGAGAAGCCUACCAAGAAGGAGGUGAAGAAGCAGUCCAAGAAGGCUGAAUCUUCAGACUCCGAGUCGGAGUCUGACAGCGACGAGGAGAUGGACGACGCUUCUAGCAGUGAGAGUGAGAGCGAGGAUGAGAAGCCUGCCAAGAAGGACGCCAAGAAGGUGUCGAAGAAGGCUGAGACCUCUUCUGAUUCUGAGUCCGAGUCCGAGUCGGAGUCUGAAGAUGAGAAGGUCGUUAAGAAGGAAGUGAAGGCCAAGGCUGACACUUCUGAAUCCUCCGAGUCCGAGUCCGACUCUGACGAAGAGGAGGAGGCUCCCAAGAAGGCCGCCAAGAAGGUUUCCAGCGACAGCGAGGAUUCCGAGUCCGAGUCAGAGAGCGAGGACGAGGCUCCUGCUAAGGCUAAGAAGGCUGAGAAGGAAUCUUCCGAGGAUUCUGAUGAGUCCGAAGACUCCGAGGCCUCUGACUCUGACUCUUCCGAGUCCGAGUCUGAGUCUGAGAAGCCCUCCAAGAAGCGCAAGGCUGAGGAGGAGCCUGCUGCCGCCGCCAAGAAGUCGAAGAAGACUGAUGAGGAGGCUUCCGGCGCUUCUGCCAACCUUUUCGUCGGUAACCUGUCCUGGAACGUCGACGAGGAGUGGCUCCGCCAGGAGUUCGAGAGCUUCGGUGAGCUUUCUGGUGCGCGCAUUGUCACCGACCGCGACUCUGGUCGCUCCCGUGGAUUCGGUUACGUCGAGUUCGUCAGCGCUGCCGACGCUGCCAAGGCUUACGAGGCCAAGAAGGACACUGAAAUUGAUGGUCGCAAGAUCAACCUCGACUACGCCACUGGCCGCCCUGCCAACAAGGAAAACAACAACCAGGACCGCGCUCAGGCUCGCGCUCGUAACUUCGGUGACCAAGCCAGCCCUGAGAGCGACACCCUGUUCGUCGGCAACAUCCCCUUCAGCGCCAACGAGGACUCAGUCUCCGAGCUGUUCGGUCAGUCGGGUACCAUCGUUGGAAUCCGUCUGCCCACCGACCCCGAGUCGGGCCGCCCCAAGGGCUUCGGUUAUGUGCAGUUCUCCUCUGUUGACGAGGCUCGCCAGGCCUUCAACGACCUCAACGGCGCUGAGCUGAACGGCCGUGCCGUCCGUCUCGACUUCAGCACUCCCCGCCCCAGCAACGGGGAUGCUCCUCGUGGUGGCCGUGGCGGCUUCGGCGGUCGCGGUGGCCGUGGUGGUCCUCGCGGUGGUGGUCCUCGCGGAGGUGGCCGUGGUGGUCGUGGAGGCUUCGGCGGUCGCGGCGGCGGCUUUGCCCCCAACAAGGCUCGUGGUGGUAUCCCCGAGUACAAGGGCACCAAGGUCACCUUCUAG